GGAGAGGUGAUUGUGGCUCAUUCCUUCGCUGCUCUUCGGUGCGAGAGGAUGGCUUUGGAGACGGUGCCGAAGGAUCUGCGGCAUCUGCGGGCGUGUCUGCUGUGUUCGCUGGUCAAGACUAUAGACCAGUUUGAAUAUGAUGGCUGUGACAAUUGUGAUGCAUACCUUCAGAUGAAGGGUAACCGAGAGAUGGUAUAUGACUGCACCAGCUCUUCUUUUGAUGGAAUCAUCGCGAUGAUGAGUCCAGAGGACAGCUGGGUCUCCAAGUGGCAGCGAGUCAGUAACUUUAAGCCAGGCGUGUAUGCAGUGUCCGUCACUGGUCGCCUGCCCCAAGGAAUUGUACGGGAGCUGAAGAGUCGAGGCGUGGCCUACAAGUCCAGAGACACGGCCAUAAAGACCUAGGAAGGCGCACGGCUGCCAGCAUCUUGGCUCCUCGUCUCUGCCGCUGCUUGUUUUCUGUCGUGGAGCUAAAUGGGCAGAACUUAAAACACAUCCUGCCCUCCGAUACUAGACUCAGCCGACUGUCACCAGAUCAGCCCAGUGUGUCCUUGGGCCAUUUUUACCCUCUUUGGACGACUGUGGGGGUGGGUAGAGACUGAAUUCAGUGGGGAGUAGGAUGCUAGUUUUCCUACCUUCAGCCCAGGGCUGCACCCUUGCUCACAGGCAGGACUCUGGGUCAGAUGCCAAUAAACAUGAAGCCCUAGGAAUGUUCUUAAGCCCACACUGAAGCCUUCCCUCCCUCUUCCCCUUAGGUGGGCGCAGUAAGAACGCACUGCCCAGUCGGCAUCUUCCCAGAGCAGCAGAGCUCUCUGCUCUUCGUGAUCCACCUCUGAGCCUCCGGGGUUGUAGCCUUUCGAAUGUGCUUCCUGGGGUCUCAGAAGGUCUGCUGUCCCGAGUCUAGGCAACCGUAUCAGCCCGGCAGUCCUGGUGUCUGGUGGUUGCAGCCUUCUGCCCUCUAGACCUGGCACAGCAGGUAUCCCUUGAAAUCCUGAGGGCAGAUAAUACCUGUGUGAGUAUUAGUGGCCCUUGACCGUGUUUAAUACCUUUUUUCCCUUCUUUGUUCAGUUCUUCCUAUACUCUAGGCCCACCAGUGGCACCCUUGACCUCCCCCUACCCACCUUCCCUACGUUCCCCUAACUGGAGACCCUCAGGUUACUGUUGGGUCCUGCUCUGGUUAGUCCGGGCCUCCCCAGGAGGGGGCCUCUCCUUUUCUCUCUGGCCUAGUAGGGGUUCUUGAGUCAUGUCAUGUUACUGGCCAAGGUGAAUUAUUUGUUUUAGAAUUAAAUAUUUAUCAUACAUUCUCAUCUAUUUAAAUUUCUGCAAUAAAUCCUGUUAGUGUCCCCA